ACGUUGUCUGUGUAUUUCCCCGCUACGCGUUGUUUUUGUCUUCUUUUUUCUUUUAACUUAGUGACUCAAAAUGCGGUUAAUUAGCCACUUGACCCAAUUGUUUAUUUUUUUAAACGUAAUAUCUUUUAUUGAUUUUUCUGUGAGCUCGAAAUCGAAAAAGAGUUCAACUUCGUCGUCGUCGUCGCGGGAUUUCUUGGAAAAGGAAGGUAAACAAUGGUCGAAAGUGUCCUGCAAAAACAUCAAAAAAGAUCACAUCAUGAAACUUAGAGCCAAGAAAUCAACUGACCAGCUAAUGUCUUGCCUUAUAAAGGCUUUGAAAGAGUCAAAUGAUGCCUUUUUAUGGAGUGUUCUUGGGGAGUCAUAUCAGAAAUUACAAGCUAACACUAAAGCAGCGAACACAUGCUUCAAGGAAGCUUUAAAGCGAGGGGGAAAAUUGUCAAAAUUUAUACCGAAGUGGCACUUCAUUGGACCAUUUGUUAUUGGCAAGGGAGAGGUCGAUGGAGAUCCUGUGGAGGAGUGGGGUGGGAUCAAGAAUAUCUCGCAGUACAGAUGGGAUAAAAAAUUUUUUCUGUAUUCGGAGCUGGUGCCUGGAGGAGAGAUAAAGUGGAUGGAAGUCAAUCAAAAAGCAGGUGCCGAACCGGUAGCUGUCGCACCACCUGUAAACUGGAAUGAUUUAGUGAUGUCCUUACAAUCAAUGGGAAUAACUGAAUGGCAGGGAUGGGUCCUAGGAGAUUUUUUUGUCAAUGAAGAUGAUGCCACAGUACUGGUGCAAUGCCUUGGAGUGCAUACUGUAUAUAUUGAUGAUUCUGUCUUGACAGGAGAUGUGUACAGAAGAGAUCAGUUUUGGUCAUCUAUUAAACUAUCUCGUGGAAUACAUACCAUAAAGCUUCGUCUCAGGACCAAGGGAUCCAUUGCAUUCACAUAUACUAUUAAACUUUUAGAGACAAAACAAACAUUCCAAGUUUUAUCUCCUUCGUUUUUACCUGAUCUUGUUGAUGGAAAGCUCUUCUCAACAUUUAUCUCAAUUCCCAUUAACAAUUUACAUAGCUCUAAUUGGCUAAAAGUGACCAAAGUUUCUACAGUGAAAGAAUCUUCUUCGAAUCCCCAGUUUUCUGUGAGGCUGACAGCGGAGGACAAAGCUUUUGCUAUAGCUCCCGGGCAAGUGCGACCAAUUAAAGUCAUUCUAGAAUACAAAAAUGGAAAGCAAUAUAACUUGGAUGACGACACUUGUUCUGAUGUGAAACUUUUAUUAAAAAUUAGCACCAAUAAAGGACAAGAUCAGAAGAUUACAAUAAAUCUUAGAUGCCGCAGAAUAAGCCAAUCAUUUUUGUUUACAUUUCUUGACCAUGAUGCUUCAGUUCAGCAUGGUGCAGCCAUUGUUCCCUUGGUGUCUUGCCCUUCAGGAGUCUGUCCUGCACUGCUGACUCUGCAUGGUACAACUGUGCCUCCACAAAAUCAGGCUGACAGCUACAAACGCAUGGAGAAGGGGAAGUGGGUGUUUGGUGUUGACCAUCUGUGGCUUGUGGCACCCACCAGACAUGGGGCUCAUAACUGGGAGGGGCCUGGAGAGCUUACAGCCAUGAUGGCCCUUAGAAGCUUAGCCAAGCUCACAAAAGAUGCUCCAUGGAUUGGACCUCAAGCUGAUGCAAACCAAGUUGUGUUUGCAGGGCAUUCCAUGGGUGGACAUGGAGCAUGGCAGCUUGGUACCCACUAUCCAGACAAUGCCCUGGCCUUAGUUUCAGCAGCUGGUUGGAUCAAGAAAGAAGAUUAUGGAGACUCCAACUUGUUCUUCCGUCAUGACAUCAGUACAAGUCACACCUCUCCUUCAGUGAAGAGUAUACUAGAGGCUUGUACUGCAGAAAAUGAUGCUGAUAAGCAUGUAACAAAUUUACAUGGAGUGCCAGUUAUGAUAAGGAUUGGAGCAGCUGAUAGGACAGUGCAUCCUUAUUUCACACGUCGCAUGUUCCGUCUUUUGCGGGAACAGAGGACCAAUGUCACUUACUCUGAGAUAGCAGACAAAGAACACUGGUGGUGGGAUACAUACAAGACAAAUGAUGGAGGCGUCGUGAAUGAUCCAGUCAUAAGAAAAUUUGCUGUUGACCAUGCAAAGAAUGCUGCUGUCAUCUCUCCUGUUGCAAGUCACUGUGAGAAAGAUGGAGAUUGCAGCUCAGCUGAUACAACAGAGAAAUACAAAUCCUUUUCUGCCCAAACAACAGAUCGAAACACUGCAGGAAAUGGGAAGUUUCAGCUUACUGUGUAUAACCCAGUUGCAAACACAGGUUUGAGAGGUGUGCGUGUUAUGCAACAGAUUAUUCCUUUCCGUAAAAGUUCAAUUGAAAUUUUCUUCAGUUCAAAUUUGGUUGUCCUGACCACUGUAAAUGUAGCAAGGAUCUGCCUUAAAGAGCCCUCCAUAUCUCCUGUGUCAUGGCAUAAAAGAUCAGUUGAGGUCGACGGAACUGUGGUCAGUGGUAUGAAAUAUCAAGCUGGCCAAGAAUGUGUUAUUUCUCUGUGCAAAUCUGAUGUUAACUCAUGGGAGUCCUGUCACGAUACAAUGUUUGAGUCCAAAAUUGUGAGAGGCCCAGCCAAUAUGGGUCCUGCCAGGAGGGUUGCCGAGGGACCUUUUCUUAUAGUUACAGGUACCUCAUCUCAAGCGAAUCACAUUACCACAACCUUGAGGCAGUUUGCAGUGUAUAUAGCGAACCUCUUCUUUUUAACGUCUGACGCCUGGGUGCCAGUCGUUUCUGAUACUGACUUAAACGAGGAAACCGCUGAACAGUAUAACUUGAUACUCGUUGGAAGUCCUCAAGAAAAUUCUUGGAUUAAACAAUUUCACGAGAAAGUUCCCUUGAAGUACGAGAGUAACACUCUGGUUUUGGGUCGUUGUACAUUCUCCUCUCCCCAGACCGGCGCGGUUUUCCUGGCACCACACGCUGGCUCUCGCCUGGCAUUAAUUAUUACUGGAAACUCCAUUGAUGGCAUUCGAGACGCCGUGAGCCUGGCCACGCCCACGAUUCCACCGAUGACAAGAUCGCCGUUUUCAAAUAUGGUUCCUGAUUACGUUAUAACCGGUCCGAUGUUCCGUUCUCAUGGGCCCGGUGGCUACCUUUGCACUGGAUUUUGGAACAACCACUGGGGUUUUGGAAGAGAGAUAUCGUCAUGUGUUUGUUGAUCUGUGAAAGAGGCCGAUAAGAUGUACGUGUGUCACGCCUUCUUCAAAAUAGUUGGUCACUCUUGUGUCACGCAAUCUCCUGAUCCUAAGUGAGGCCUAUUAAGGAAUGUGCGAUUACAGUGGGUGAUUAAAUAUAUAAACAAAUAGAAUUCUGUACUAAGACGUCCACCAAGUGAAUCUUCGUCUAGGAAAGAAUUGAGUAUUGAGUGUUGUGCUUUGAAGAACUUAGCGAAAAUACUUUGAUGCAUAGAUGAGAACCAAGCAACAUAUUCAACCCAUGCAUGACACAAGCUCCCGUUUUAAAACGAAGCUGGAGCCUCUGAUAUGAACACUGGUUUUUAUUAUCAAGGCAAAAAUAGCAAUAUUGAUAUUGGUGCUAUAUAAGUAUUAUUAUAAAAAAGUCAUUUUCGCAAGUAAUUUGUUGGCACUUAGCCUCAUUUCUAAAGUGAGGCAGUUUAAAUUUAGGAUUGAGGCCAUGGCGGACGAAAGCAAGCGUACAACCUCAUUUCGAAAGUGAGGCAGUUUGAAUUCAGGACCGAGGCCAUUGCGGACGGAAGCAAGCGUUCAACCAUUGUGUAAUCACAAAUGCAAAAUUAAAAAAAUGCGCUUUGCAUUUUGUA